UUGCAGAGCAAAAAAGCCCGUCGAAUUCAGGCGAGGACCCCCAAGGAGAAGUUGAGUCUCCUCACCAGGGGAUGGGUCACCCCAAGUCACCAGGGGAGUGUGACUUGGAGGCAUCUGCCCCCACAGUUGCCUGGGCCAGUGCUGAAUCCCGCCUUGCUCCUGUUUCCCGAGAACCGGCAGGGAGGUCAGCAGAUGGGUCAAGUCCGGAAGAUGGAGAAGAGUCAGACCGAGAGGAUGGGAGUUACUGCCCCCCCAUAAAGCGUGAAAGGACAUCCUCGCUCACCCACUUUCCUCCUUCGCAGUCGGUGACGAAGAACAAUGUCUUUAUGCCGUCAAGCUUCUGUGAACCCUCAGCUGGAAACUCUGACUCAGAACCAGAAGAGAAGAGCACAGGAUUCCGGCUAAAGCCGCCCACCUUGAUCCACGGCCAGGCGCCCAGUGCCGGGGUCCCCAGCCAGAAACCGAAAGAGCAGCAAAGAAGCGUGUUACGCCCGGCCGUGUUACAGGCCCCGCAACCAAAGGCUUUCUCGCAAACAGUUCCGACCAGCGGGACCAAUGGCGUUAGCAUCCCCUCCAAUCCUGUGGCAGCCACAUCUGAGCCCCUGAGUAACACGACGCCGAAAUCUCCUGACUCGGAGGAAAAGGAUAGCGCCUGUCGGAAAACUGAGCCUCACCGUGCUGCCGAGGCCGAGAAGUGCAAAGCGGCCGAGCAGAACACCCCGCAGUCGUUCGUCUUUGGUCAGAACCUGAGAGACCGAGUAAAGGUACCUGACCUGCUGCUUGUGUUAGGAGACGAAGGGGACGACUCUGCUGACCUGCCAAAUGCCCGGCUCCCGAGAUCCGAGACGCCUCCAGCCACCAACUACUUCCUGCAGUACAUCAGCUCCAGCACAGAAAACUCAACGCACAGCGGCGAUGCCUCCGGCACCAAGUUUGUGUUUGGACAGAACAUGAGCGAGCGGGUUUUGAGUCCGCCCAAACUGAGCGAGCCGGGCACAGACAGUAACAAGGAAAACACUGCUGGGGAUUCUGGCUCUGAGUCCUCUUCACAGGAAGCCACGCCGGAAAAAGCCAAUAACAUUUCAGAAUCUCUGGCUGAGUCUGCCGCGGCAUAUACGAAAGCGACCGCCAGGAAGUGUCUGCUUGAGAAGGUGGAAGUGAUCACCGGAGAGGAAGCCGAGAGCAACGUCCUGCAGAUCCAGUGCAAGUUAUUUGUCUUUGACAAAACCUCCCAGUCCUGGGUGGAAAGGGGCCGGGGGCUCCUGAGGCUGAACGACAUGGCGUCCACUGACGACGGGACACUGCAGUCACGCCUGGUCAUGAGAACGCAAGGCAGCCUGCGGUUAAUCCUGAACACCAAGCUUUGGGCGCAGAUGCAAAUUGACAAAGCCAGCGAGAAGAGCAUCCGGAUCACGGCCAUGGACACGGAGGACCAGGGCGUCAAAGUGUUCCUCAUCUCGGCAAGUUCUAAAGACACGGGACAUUCUCUACUGUCUCCUUGCAACACCGUGAUCCUGGCUCCUAAGUGAGUCAUGUGGAACAUGGUUGGGAGGCCAAAAAUUCCUACCUAGAGCUUGUGAGGUGA